GGGGGCCCGGUGGGCAGCAGGGUGAUCCAGGCAGCCGGGGCUUUCCUCCUCCUCCUCCUCCUCCUCCACGCUGAGGGAAAGUAGCUUUUCAUCUUUUUUUCAUUCUGACUUUGGGCAAAAGGGAGGGGAGGGGAAGCAGCUUGAGCCCAACUCCCCGCUGAGAUGAGACGGUGGAUGAGAAGAGGUCUCCUUGUCACAGGCACAAAGGCCACCUCCGCCUGGCAGCAUGGUGCUGAAAUCUAACCCUGGCAUCAUUCUCUUGUGCUCUUUCCUGCCCAGUGACUACAUCAUUGAGGAGAAGACGGCCGUGCUGCAGAAGAGGGAGCAUGAGGGAUUCGGGUUUGUAUUGCGAGGGGCCAAAGCUGAAACCCCGAUCGAGGAGUUCACCCCCACCCCGGCCUUCCCAGCGCUCCAGUACCUGGAAUCAGUGGACGUGGAAGGAGUUGCUUGGAGAGCGGGGCUGCGCACGGGGGACUUUCUGAUCGAGGUGAAUGGUGUGAACGUGGUGAAGGUGGGGCACAAGCAGGUGGUGUCCCUGAUCCGGCAAGGGGGGAACCACCUGGUGAUGAAGGUCGUGUCCGUCAGCCGCAAGCCGGAGUCGGAGGAAGUGGUUCGGAAGAAGGCUCCGCCGCCUCCCAAGAGAGCGCCCAGCACCACCCUGACGCUGCGGUCCAAGUCCAUGACGGCCGAGCUGGAGGAGCUGGGUAAGGGCGGGGGGCUCUGCCGGGCACGGGGGGCUCUGCUGGGCACGGGGGGCGUGGGGAGCCGGGGCCGGAGCUCUCCUGGUGCCCGUUUUCCCGGAGAGCUGCAUGAGCGGGAGCGCCGGGCGACGUUGUCCUGCUGCACCGGAGGUGCCGUCGUGCUCGGACGG